GUAGAGCUUUGAUAAAGAAGAUAAGCAUCUCACCCACCUACACACUUUUUGUUUUGGAGGAGCGUAAUGAAAACAAAUGGAAGAUUUAAUAACUUCAACAUUGAUUUCAGAGGAGCUUAAGUAAUUGAAGACGUCAAUACUGCUUUCCAGAUUCUGCAACUAGAGGGUAAUCCGCCGUGUGAAUGCAAUUUCAUGCAAAUCAAUGAAGGGAACCAAAUGAGAAAAAAGAUAAUCUUGACAACACAGCAAACGUUUUUCGUGUUUGAUUCGUUUCACAAAAUAAAAAUAUACCAAUUUCAAAACGCUGAAAUAAUCAAGUAUUCACAACAUCAUGCCGAUACGAAAUACAAGCACUGGAAGUUCGUCCUCCGGCAAGAAAAGACCGCCGGUUUUUCCGAAACGUCUCUACGACAUGCUACAGAGUGCAGAACGCGACGGAUACGCCCAUCUAAUUUCCUGGAUGCCGGAUGGAAACUCAUUCAAGAUACACGUCGAUGGCAGCCCAGACCCAGAAGACGAAAAAGCGAUUGUUCGACUACUCAAACAAGUAUUCAAUCAAACGCGAUUCAAAUCGUUUGUAAGACAGCUCCAACUCUAUGGUUUCGAACGCACAUACAAGGGCCCACGUCGUGGGGAAUGCAGGCAUCCGUUAUUCAUCAGAGGUCGACGAGACCUUUUGGACAAGAAAUCGAUUGACAACUUUCAACAAAAGUCGAACGACAAGACGAGUCGCAGAUCCAAACACGUUCGGCAAUUGUUGCAAAAAUCUCCUUCCCGAGCAGAAGUUAUUUCCUUCAUGAGGAAGAACGACUCGAGAAUCGAGACAUACAGCAUGCAAUCAUUGGAAAAUACUGCAUCUAGUCCCUGCCAAUAUCUUAACACGUCGGUGAUUCCUACGAAGCUUCAUAAUCUUGUUCUUUCGGAUAGUGACUGCAGCACGAAAGGAUCUGACUCUUGCAAUGAAAACUAUGAUGACGAGGACUUGUCGGUAAUUGUUUCGAAUCCAUUGCUUGACGAUCCGCCGUUGAAUAACUAUCAACAAACUGUAGACAAUUUAUACGGCGGCGAUCUCAUUUCGAUUCACGACAGCGAAAGUGUUUUCCCCGAUUGGACUGGAAUAGAACUUGAAAUACUGCGCAGUGCGCUUUAAGCACUAGAAAAGGGUUUCACUCCCGCCAUCAAUUAUAUAUCAGUAGAAUAGAUCAUAAAAUAACCA